GCUUCCUUUCACACUCAGUCUGACGGUUCUUUUCUGUUUUGCACACUCAAUGUGCGGAUAUGCAAUACAUGCUCACUUUUUUGAACAUCUCAGGCUGUUAAGCCCAAAAACUUUUCAUUUGAUUACAAACACAUGAAAUGUUGACUGACAAAAUGGCUUCAAUCAACAUCGCUGACUUGAACCUUCAAAAUCCUGUUGAAGUUGCCAGUAAAUUAAUGUCGCAAAAAAUCAAAGAAAAUCAAGAAAAAUUGAAGAUGCUCCAGGCCAAGAAACCUGUCUAUAACUUUGAUACUGACAAACAUGUUCUGAAAAAAGUCAACAUUCCUUUUGCAGAAAAGCUGUAUCAAGAUUUGAUUGAUUUAGAGGUCAAAGACAGUGACGUCUUGAAAGAAUGCUCAUCUCAACGUCUGAAACCAGUCCCUGUAAAAAAGGAUCCGGAACCAAACCUUGAAGACUUUUAUCAGCCCAAUUUCAAUGAAGAAUUUUGUUACAAACUGCCACAAUACACACCAAGUCUUAAGAAACUCAGGGAGUAUGAUGGUUAUAGCAUCUCCAGUAAAUUUAAAUGCGUUCUUGACUCAUAGGUGGAGAGUAAAAAAGCUGCUGAAAAGCUUCAACUGAAGUGCAAGUACCCGUCGUGGAAUUGGGGAACUUAAACUGAAUUUAUUAGUCCCAGAUUGAGGCUCUUGGCUGGAAAGUAAACUGAUUGCCUUCUUGAUGGAAAUCUCUUUCAAAUUCCAAAGAUAAUUAACCGAACGUUGAGUCUUUGUUGGAAUCAUCAAGUGUAAUCGAUUAGUUUAGCUGCGUCUCAUAGUCUAAUUACAUCCAAUUAAUUUGAUAAGGUUGCUACUAUAUGUUCUGAGGAUGCCAUUCCAAAUAAUUUAAUAGCUAAAAGUUGAAUUUCAAAAGCAGUAAUUAUUGCUUGAGGAAAUAAGCACUGGAGUAAUGGGAUUGAAUUCUAAUGAAUAUGACCAAAAAUCACAUCGAGUUGAAACUAAGGGAAAAUGGUUUGAAGUUUUUCGCCUCCCUGAGACCCCGUGUCGAGGAUAAAAUUUAAACCUUGUUUACUUUAAUUGUAACCUACUCAGUAUAUUUUUUCAAGAUUUUGAAUUUUUGACAGGAGGAAUAGUAACUCUAAACUAUAAUUCUUAAAUUUUUUUUUCUUUGAAUUGGAACUUGGUUGCUUUCUAUUUAAUAGACCACUUGCUAGGGUCAGAAUAAAAGAUCACGGUGUAUAUAUUUUUUCAUACAAAUUUUGCGCUGAGAAUGGUGAACACCUUGAAAUCAACUCUUGUGUGAGAAAUCAACGCUCUCUGUAUUUGUCAAUUUAAACUCGCCAUUGCUGACAACCGAAAGUCUUCUUGGGUUGAAUCAGUCACAAUAUUAGUUUGCUCCAUAGUAAAAUUAUUUUUCCAGAGAAAUUUAAAAUAAUUGUGUGUCAUAAGGAGAUUGGAAAUCUUUUGUGAAACCAAACGGCAUGCCAAUUUCUUUGUCAUUUGCCACUAGUAUAGAUUUGUUUCUUAAGGCCAAUUUGGACUGAAUUGAUUUUUCUUUUCUCACAAACAUGAGGUUUAAAUUUAUUGAGUUUAAUCUUUGUGAUAAAUGUCGAUUUCCAUUUCAUAAGUUAAUUUUGGACAUUUUAAAAUGUUCAAUGUGAUCUGCAUCAAAUUUUAAUGAGAAAGCAAAACCCGCAGUACAUUAAUUCUUAUCUUUUCUGUAGAUCAAUUCGAUCCAAUUGAGUUGUGUUUGUACGGCAGGACGCAAAUAACAAUAAGUUCUUCACUA